GGAGAUGGAGGUAACCUAUUUGACAAAUUGACAGUAACACAUACGAAAAAUUCCAUUUCCAUCAAAAAAGGAAUUGCUGAUGUGCACGGCUUCUAUUGGACUAUUUCCAAAAGCGUUGAAAUUCUCAUCUUCUUCUUCAUUUCUUCACCACGCUACGUUUCUGUCCAGGGUUCCUUCGCUUCUUCCUUCUCUCUCCGUUUUCCCUCUUUCCCGCUCGCCGGUCGUCGGUGACCGGAAUCCUAUUUUCCGAUCAAAUUGAAUUUGAGAAGUCGUAGGUAGGUUGUUCGAGUAGAGUAGAAUUGAAGAUGGCGAGUCGAAGGAGUGUUUCGUCUCCUAGAAGAGCCUCUGAGUCUGCUGUCGGAAGAGGAGGACCUCGUAAAUCAAUUUCCUUAGCACGCCCUAUGGGAUUAACAGGAGAGCGGACAGUGAAGUCAUUGCGACUUUCGAAAGCCCUGACAGUACCUGAAACAACAACUGUAUAUGAAGCCUGUCGUCGGAUGGCUGCCCGUAGGGUGGAUGCUCUAUUACUCACCGAUUCUAAUGGGUUGCUUUGUGGAAUCCUCACAGACAAGGAUAUAGCAACAAAAGUUGUUGCCGAAGAGAUUAAUCCUGAAGACACGCCUGUUUCCAAGGUUAUGACAAGAAAUCCGGUAUUUGUCCUUUCUGAAACUCUUGCUGUGGAAGCCCUCCAAAAGAUGGUGCAAGGGAAAUUUAGGCAUCUACCUGUGGUGGAGAAUGGAGAAGUUUUGGCUUUACUCGACAUAGCAAAGUGUUUGCACGAUGCCACUGCACGUAUGGAAAGGGCCGCAGAGAAAGGAAAAGCAAUUGCAGCAGCUGUUGAAGGAGUUGAAAAACACUGGGGAUCUUCUAAUUCUGAUUCUAAUUCAUCAUUUGUUGAGGCCCUUCGGGAAAAGAUAUUCAAACCAUCACUGUCCACGAUCAUUCACGAGAAUUCAAAGAUGGUAACAGUUGCACCAACAGACUCGAUUUUGAAAACAACAAAGAAGAUGGUUGAACUUCAUGCAGGUUGUGCUGUUGUCACUGUUGAUGGCAAACCUCGAGGCAUCGUUACUUCAAGGGAUAUCUUGAUGCGGGUAAUUGCACAAAAUCUUCCACCAGCAUCAACUCAUGUUGAGAAGGUCAUGACUCCAAAUCCAGAAUGUGUAAUAAUUGAUACACCAAUUGUCGAUGCACUUCAUACUAUGCAUGAUGGAAAAUUUUUACAUCUUCCGGUGGUUGAUAGAGAUGGCAUUGUAGUUGCUGUGGUCGACGUGAUACAUGUGACUCAUGCUGCUGUGGCUACUGUUAGUCAGGUCGGAAACAACGAAGCUUCCACCACCUUGAUGCAAAGGUUUUGGGAUUCAGCCAUGGCCUUGCCUCCAAAUGAUGAUGACGAUGAAACAAGAAGUGAGAGUUCCUUCAAAAUAGGUUCUGAUGGAGGAGAAACAGGGAGAUCCAUUCCUUAUAUUUCUGCUAGCAUGCCCAAUACAUUUUCCUUCAAAGUACAAGAUAAAAAGGGCAGAAUGCAUAGAUUCACAUGUGAUACCCGGAGCAUGACGGAGGUUAUAAGUUCAAUCCUUCAAAGACUUGGUACUGAUAUUGACCCUAACAAUCUGCCUCAUAUUCUGUAUGAAGAUGAAGAUCAUGAUAAAGUUGUAUUAGCUUCAGACAGUGAUCUUGCCGCAGCUGUAGACCAUGCAAGGACCGUUGGUUUGAAGGGAUUGAAAUUGUAUUUAGACUAUGAGGGAACACGUGGUCACAGGAAAGGUUCACGUUCGGGAAGUUUAGAGAAUGCGUAUUCAGAUGCAUGGGCCUCAGCAUAUAGUGGUGUUGCUGCCGGAGCUGCUCUUGUCGCUGGCUUAGGCCUUUUAACAUAUUUGAAGCGAGUUUGAUCGAAGGAAGAAACAAGCUUUUUGUUGAUAUAUAAAGGCCAAUCUAAAGCAAACUGGAACUUUGUAUGGUGCAGACUGCACCUGACAUAUUCAUAUUCUGGAAUUUUGUACAACUACAUUCUUUUCUAUAUGAGAUAAAGGUUAAAAUAUUUUUUUUCAUGUUGGUCAUUGCACUUUAUGAAAAUUGGGAUGUGUCUUCCCUUGCUGCUUGUAUACUUGUAAUUUUAGGGUUUUGUAUCACUUAUUUGUCGAGGUUGUGUACAAGAAUAAACGACAUUAACGAAAGUUUAUGUCCAUUUUUUCUCACAUUGAGUUUAUAAAACCACUUGAUUAGGAUUGGAUUUACUGA